AAAUGCACAUGCUGGGGUCGGCACGGGGAGGGACGUUUUGUUCAGCAGAUGGUGAGGUCGCAUGCAUGCACUGGUAUACCGGUGGUGUCGGUGUCAGACGCGUCUCGCAGUGCGGCUGACCUGCAUGGUGGGUCGUAACACGUUGGAUCUAUCGCACUGAUUUUUUUGUUUACUUGCUGAAAUUGUACGUGCAUAUCAUCAUCAUUGUGGAGCUGCGGAUGCUGCAUGGGUCAGACUCCAACAUCGCUCUGCUGUUGAAGACUGCGCUUCAUAGACGGCAUGUCUGAGAGCCUGUGUGCGGCUGCUGAUCCAGAAAAGGCUGUUUAUAUUUUCUGCUCGGCAGAAAGGAGGCUCGGAAGGGGAGGGCAAGCGGUACCUCCCGUGAAAAGUGAUGCAGUCUUCCGUCAUGUGAUCACCUUGACAAGAGAGCAACAAAACAUCACCUGAAGUCAAGAACAGAUGCUCCUUGGUAAUUUGUUCUGCAGAGAUUUUAUUCUGGAUGAAAAAAGGGCAUUUGUGAGGAUUCUCUAGAGAAGCCAACCAACCCAAGAGCAGACCAAUGCUCAUGAACACUUCCUUCAAGUCUUUACUUCGAAGUCUAGCUCUCCUUUAACAAUUGUUAGAGCACAAGGAGCAGACAACAUGGUGCCUCCGCUACUUUGGCUGUGCAUGGCCGUGCUUGUGGCUUCUCAGUCGCCUGUACAUGUCAAGUGUCCUCAUUUGUGUGUGUGUGAGAUUCGUCCUUGGUUCACGCCCCAGUCAACCUACAAGGAGGCAACAACAGUGGACUGCAAUGACCUGAGGCUGACACACAUCCCUCUCAACCUUUCCACGGAUACUCAAGUGUUACUGCUCCAAAGUAACGCCAUUUCUCACACCCGAGGGGAGCUGGACGCCCUGCUGAACUUGACAGAGUUGGACUUGUCGCAGAACAACUUCAGCUCUGUGGAAGCUGUAGGCCUCAGAAGCAUGAAUCAUCUUACCACCCUGCAUCUGGAGGAGAACCAGAUCAGCCAGCUGCCGAACAACUGUCUAGGAAAUCUCUCCAACUUGCAGGAGCUCUAUAUAAACCAUAACCUUAUUAUUUCCAUCUCCGCUCGGGCAUUUUCAGGUCUGCACAACCUGCUGCGUCUUCACCUUAACUCCAAUAAGCUACAUGUCAUAGACAGCCGCUGGUUUGAAGAAACACCUAACCUUGAGAUCCUUAUGAUUGGGGAGAACCCGGUCAUUGGCCUUUUGGACAUGAACUUCAAGCCCCUAGGAAGUUUGAGGAGCUUGGUUCUUGCUGGCAUGGAUCUUGCUGAUGUUCCUCCAGAUGCAUUUGUAGGCUUGGAUAACCUGGAGAGUAUCUCUUUCUAUGACAAUAAACUGGUCAGAAUCCCCCAAUUGGCCCUUCAGAAAGUCCCCAAUUUGAAAUUCUUGGAUUUAAACAAAAACCCAGUUCACAAAAUUCAGGAAGGAGACUUCCGAAACAUGCUUCAUCUAAAAGAGUUGGGUAUCAACAACAUGAUGGAGUUAGUAUCAAUUGAUCGCUAUGCUCUGGACAACCUACCGGAACUGACCAAGCUGGAGGCCACAAACAACCCCAAACUGUCUUAUAUCCACCGGUUGGCCUUCAGGGACAUGCCCUCCCUGGAGAGCCUGAUGCUCAACAACAACGCCCUCACUGCUCUGUACCAGCACUCUGUGGAGGUUUUACCAAACCUAAGGGAGAUCAGUCUGCAUAGCAACCCCCUGCGCUGCGACUGUGUCAUCCAGUGGAUGAGCUCCAACAGGACCUCAGUACGUUUCAUGGAGCCCCUGGCAAUGGUUUGCACCUCCCCUGCAGAGCUCAGGGGCCAGCGUGUUCGAGAGCUAAGACUGCUAGAGUCCCCUGAGCAGUGCAUCCCACUGAUAUGCCAUGACACCUUCCCUGGCCACCUCAACCUAAAUCUUGGCAUGAGUGUCAGCCUGGACUGCCGGGCCAUGGCUGAACCAGAGCCAGAGAUAUACUGGGUGACCCCUCUUGGAAACAAAAUUGAGAAGGACACUGUGUCAGAGCACUACCACCUGAGCAGUGAGGGGACUUUAUGGCUGUCCCAUGUACAGGUGGAGGAUUCUGGACAUUACACCUGUGUGGCCCAAAACACAGAAGGGGCCGACACACGGGUUGCCUCAAUUCGAGUGAACGGCACCCUGCUCGACAGUGCUCAGGUGAUGAGGAUCUACGUCAAGCAGACAGAGUCGCACUCCAUCCUUGUCUCUUGGAAAGUCAAUUCCAAUGUUAUGUCCUCCAACAUAAAAUGGGCCUCAGCCACCAUGAAGAUUGACAACCCGCACAUCACUUACACGGCUCGUGUACCCGUCGAUGUUCACGAAUACAACCUCACUCAUCUUCAGCCUGCCACAGAGUAUGAGGUAUGUCUGACGGUCUCCAACGUCCACCUGCAGACGCACAAGUCUUGCGUAAACGUCACAACCCGUAGCGCAACCUUUGCCCUGAACCUGUCCGAGCAGCACCCGAGUGCUGCAGUGCUUGCCGUCAUGGCAACCGCACUGGCCUUCCUCAGUCUGGCCACCGUGGGAGUCUACACGGCUCGCAGAUGGAAGAGAAAGAACUAUCACCACUCCUUGAAGAAGUACAUGCUUAAGACGUCCUCUAUUCCUCUCAAUGAGCUUUACCCGCCGCUCAUCAACCUGUGGGAGGCGGACGGGGAGAAGGACAAAGAUGGCAGCACAGAAGGAAAACCCUCUGCUGUGGAUACCACGCGUAGCUACUAUAUGUGGUGAGGAUGGAGUGAGGAGACAUGGCCGCCCCUCCAGCAGCACAAGACAAGAAACUUUUGCCAUUUUUAGUGCAAAAGUCAAAUAAAGUUCUAUUGUCGGCUUUGCUAAUACGUGGCAGAGUGAACAAAGACAGGAUUUUUUUUAUUAGUAUAGCGUAUCGCAGUUGUUUGAUUCUUUCCAGUUCUUGUUUUGGUCUUCAAGACAGCAGUUGUAUAUAGCGUCCAUGUUACUUUAGUUGCUAUGCCGUAUCUGUGGUGCAUUUCUAACUCACUUUUACUUGGGUUAAUAAUACUGCAGCAGGGGCAGCAUUGGUAAAGAUGAUUCUUUCUUUCUGUUUUGUAAAACAGAUAAACUGUGUGCACUGAUAGAUCGAGGAGUUUGUAUGAACUCUGACAAAUACAAGCUGACAGCGCAUUUUAGACUUGUUACACUGUCUACUGAAUGUUGGCAACUGUGCAGUAAUGUUGUAUCAACUAUACCGUUACACUUUGUCAUUUAAAUACAAUAGCAUUUUAGUUUGUAGAUAAAUGUGACGUUACAUGCUAGAAAUACAAAUGUUGGCUAGAACCUUUUAUUUUUCAAACAAUGAACAUUAGAAUGUUUUUGCCCUCGCCCUCAUAAAUGACAUGAGGAGUACUUUUUUUGUUAGGGUUUUUGCUGAUUGGUUAGAUUUUCACAUGUAAUAUGUUAUAUUGACAAUGUCAAAAUAAAUACUUUUCUGAUUCUUUUGCAGACGUCUUUGUUUUUUUACUAUUUCACUUUAGACAUGCCGCACAGAUUCAGUUGCUAGCUGCCUGUAGUCAGAACCACCCCUUCAUGAUCCAAGGUGUGCCCCAUUUUGCGCAAGGGUGAGUACAUUGCUGCCAUGAGGCAUGGAGCAAAAGAUGGCAGAAUUCACACACUUUUCAAUAAAUUAAAACAAUAAUUUAUUGAACAAUUUGUUGUGGUACACUGUAAUGGUACAGCUGCUGCCAUUUAUUGCCAAAACAUUCAUCUAACUAAAUUCAAGUUCUGGUGAAAUACUACAAUAAACUUUAUUAGGUCAGUUAGGCCCAGAAUUCCUGGUGGCGGCUCUGUUCCUGACACAAUAAUUUUGUAAUGGCUGGUUUGGCCAAGGGCUGCCCUGCCGAUAGUCAUCAUGUUUGCUGCACAAUGACUGUUAGGAAUAAAAAUACAGAUCAUAACCACACACAUUACUCAUAUUUAUCAGUAUUUUAUGAAAAAAAAAAAAAAAAAAAACAAAAGAACAUUU